UAUGGGCCGUUGGAUUUUGUCGGUUGAUUGGCAUUGCUUUGAAUUAUUAAUUUUGAUUUUUCAUUGUAAGGUCAUUUUUACCCCUGUCACGUUUUUUAUUUUAUUUUAUUCCCACAUUCUUCUCAACCAACUGGUUACAAAUGGCGAAUUCAUCCACUCCUUCCAACGAUGGGAUUCCUUACAGUUUCUUUUCCGUUCCUAUGUUCAAAUACUUCAUUAAUUUCCACAAACAGAUAUGGCGACUGGAUUAUACACUGUGGAGAUAAGAUAAAACGUACCAUUUUGAUGUCAUCUGUAACGCUUCUUUAGUCGGGUGUCUUUGCUACCAUUAAAACUGUUUGUUGAAGCUUCUUCUUCUUCUUCCUCCCAGAAAUCAUGAUAAAUGAACUAUCUUAGAACAAAUAACAAAACCCAAUUACCUUUCUUAGCAUCGUUCAAUAUUUUCUCUCAACCCAAACAUCAAAUCCAUUUUCUCUCCACUUAUUUCAAAGUAAAGAAUGGUGGAGGUGCCAGUUUUCCAACCCAACUGGUUUACCCCAAUUACGUGAACAAGAAAAUCACAACCGUUCAGUUGAAUCAAUCUCCAUCGUUGGCUCAUUUUGGUUCUGGUGAUGUAGUCUCGUCAAAUAAGUUAAUCACGAAUUAUAUUCGAUUCGGGGAUUUGGGUUCUGCUCUUAAUGUGUUUGAGAGAAUGCCCGUGAGGACUACAGUUACUUGGAAUUCAAUCUUAUCUGGAUUUGCGAAGAAGCCUGGGAAAAUGAAAGAAGCCCAUGAACUGUUUGAUAGAAUUCCUGAACCGGAUACUGUUUCGUAUAACACUAUGUUGGCUUGUUAUCUGCACAAUUCUGGCGUUGAAUCCGCCAUGGGGUUCUUUAACAAGAUGCCUUUCAGGGAUUCUGCGUCUUGGAAUACGAUGAUAUCGGGUUUUAUCCGAAAUGGGAAGAUGGAGAGGGCUCGUGAAUUGUUUCUUGAAAUGCCAGAGCAGAACAGUGUUUCUUGGAGUGCUAUGAUUUCAGGGUACGUGGAGUUUGGGGAUUUGGACUCUGCAAUUGAGUUUUUUGAGUUAGCACCUGUUAAGAGCGUUGUGGCUUGGACUGCCAUGGUUACUGGUUAUAUGAAGUUUGGGAAGAUUGAAUUAGCAGAGAAAAUGUUUCAUCAUAUGCCUGUGAAGAAUGUAGUGAGCUGGAAUACUAUGAUCUCGGGUUAUGUUGAAAAUGGUCGAGCAGAGGAAAGUUUGAAGCUUUUUCGGGCAAUGAUUCAAUCCGGUAUUAAGUCGAAUUCAUCGACUUUGAGUAGUGUUCUAUUGGCUUGCAGUAACCUAUCGACCCUGCAGAUGGGAAAGCAAGUACACCAGUUGAUUUAUAAAUCUCUGUUGUAUGAUGACACAACUGCAGGGACUUCAUUAAUCAGCAUGUAUUGUAAAUGUGGAGAUUUGAAGGAUGCUUUGAAAUUGUUUCAUGAAAUUCCUAGAAAAGAUGUUGUUUCAUGGAAUGCAAUGAUUACUGGUUAUGCUCAACAUGGAGCAGGUCAUGAAGCUCUUAAUCUGUUCAAUGAAAUGAAAAGAGAAGGAGCAAAGCCAGAUUGGAUCACUUUUGUAGCUGUCUUAUCAGCUUGCAACCAUUCGGGAUUAGUUGAUAUCGGUAUGCAAUAUUUUGACACAAUGAUUAGGGACUAUGGAGUUGAACUUAAGCCAGAGCACUAUACUUGCAUGGUUGAUCUCCUUGGGAGAGCUGGUAGGCUCAUUGAAGCUGUGGAUUUGAUAAAGAAAAUGCCAUUCAAACCCCACCUAGCCAUUUUCGGGACCCUUUUGGGUGCUUGUAGGAUCCACAAGAACUUAGAACUGGCAGAGUAUGCUGCGAAAAACCUCCUUUCUCUUGAUCCAUCAAGCGCAGCUGGCUACGUUCAACUCGCUAAUGUUUAUGCUGUGACAAAAAGAUGGGAUUGUGUUUCAAAAGUUUGGCGAUCGAUGAAAGAAAAUAAUGUAGUUAAGACACCCGGGUAUAGUUGGAUUGAGGUGAAAGGUGAGAUUCACGAGUUCAGAUCAGGAGACAGGGUUCAUCCUGAACUUGCCUGUAUACACAAAAAACUAGUCGAAUUGGAUAAGAAAAUGAGGUUUGCAGGCUAUGUUCCUGAUCUUGAAUUUGCACUACAUGAUGUGGGAAAGAAGCAAAAAGAGCAGCUUCUGUUGUGGCACAGCGAAAAGCUAGCAAUUGCUUUCGGCCUCCUCAGAUUGCCCGAAGGGAUUCCAAUUCGAGUAUUUAAGAACUUGAGAGUCUGUGGGGAUUGUCACCGGGCCACCAUGUUCAUCUCAGCCUUAGAAAAACGGGAAAUCAUUGUUAGAGAUACUACUCGAUUUCACCAUUUCAAGAAUGGGGUUUGCUCUUGUAGUGGAUAUUGGUGAUUACUGAUUCAUCUAAAUUUUAACUGAAUAAUGUUUUGUUGAUACUAUCAAGAUUACCAAUUUACCUA